UAGCUGGCGGGCAGUGUGCGAUGGACCUGUGAUGAUGGAGUGUUGGCCUGACGACGGCGUUACUUCUGCAGGAGGUGAAGCAAGAAGUGAAGGUCCGAAGAAUAAACACACGGGAUUUAUAAGAACCAUGGCACUGUUGGGUCCAGCAGUGACAGGGCGGAUGAGGCUGGCACUGUCCCCCUCAUGGUCAGUAGUGCGGGCGGUGUGCCAGUCCAGGGGGCCAUGGAACAACCUUACACAAGCCACCCCCACCCCGGCCCUUCCUCCCCACAUCCUACUGCCACCCCCUGCCUCCCUCACCCUGGUUCGGGGAUACGCCAAGGGGAAGGACAAGAAGGGGAAAGCCAAGCAACAGAAGGCCGUGGUGUCAGAGGAGGAGAUGAAUGAGGUGGUGAAUGUGGAUAAGAUGAGGGAGCACUUAAGCCAGCUGGUGGAGGCACUGAAGCAAGACUACAUCAAGACCCUCUCUAUCAGGACUGCUGCAGGUAGCAUUGAGUCCCUUCCCGUUCAGCUGGAGGGAGAUGAGUACCCACUUAACGAGGUGGCCCAGGUGUCCCGCAAGUCCCCCCAGGUAGUGAUCAUCAACGCAGCUGCCUUCCCUCAGGCACUCCCAGGUAUUCUGGCAGCCAUCAGGGACACUGGCAUGAAUCUCAACCCCCAGCAGGAAGGAACCACUGUCAUUGUGCCUGUGCCUAAGGUGACGCGGGAGCACCGGGAGAACAUGGCCAAGGCUGCCAAGGUGAUGUUCAACCGGUGCAAGGACCAGCUGAGGGACGCACAGAACCUGUACAUCCGCAAGGUGAAGAACAAGGAGGGGCAGUUCUCCGAGGACCUUCUCUUCAAUGUCCAGCUCAGGAUUCGGGAGUUAGCAGAGGAGCACAUGCACGAGGCAGAGAGCAUGAUGCAGGCCAAGCAGAAGGAACUCUUGAAGACAAGCUAACAUCCUGAGCCAAGUUGUUCUCUGCCUACCAGUAGUGAGGUGACGUACCCUCCCUUGGUGAUGAGAGGAGACAGCCUGGCAUUGAAGACUGCCACACCAGGCUAUCCCAGUGGCAGUGCUGUGCUGGGCCAAGUGUGCAGCAACCAGUGAAGUGAAGGGGUUUGAUAUACAGUCGGCUCUCAGCAUCAACAGGUUCAUAGAUUUGAUUAUUUGUGGAUUAAUGCAAAAGGGAAAUGUCAGUUGUUUUGGGAUCUUUUGAAGUGGAGUACCAGUUUUUCAUGGGUUUUCAACAUUCAUAUAUUCAGUUAUUUAGCUGAUUAUUGCAGAAAAGACAUACAGGAAUCUUUUGGGAUAUUUGUAGGGGAUGCACCAACUAGUCAUGGAUCAGCAUCUUAAGAAAAUGUGUUUUUUCAGCAGGUACACCAGUCAUUCGGAUUUUCAACAUUAACGGGUCUGUGUUACUGAACCUCCACGAGUGGUGAGGGCCGACUGUACUGUUGGUUUUGAAAGAUCUGAGACUGUACGGCACAAUGAUUAUAUUAACUUAUCACGACCUGUGGCAGUGAUGGGAUUCUCAGCUUUGUUAUAUAGAUUGUGCAGUGCUAAUACACCAGCUUGGGAAGGGUAGAUCAGUAUGUUCUUCAGACAGGUUUUGCUCUUCUGCUGCAACUCUUAAUAGACGCUGUUAUUCACUAAAAUGGGUUGAAAAGUGUUCUUCAUGCAGUCAUUAUUGUUUUGCUGCUACUCUCAAUAUAUGCUUUUAUUCCCAAGACUGUCAAGCCAUCAGGCAAGACAGUGAUGGUAGCAUCUGUUCUCAGUUCACUGGAGGCUGAGCUGUGUGAGCCCACCCAUGUCUGUGAGUCAAGUGCUGGCUGGCUGGCUGCUGCAGUACAUUCACAUCUUCAUGGGUUUUGUUGUUGUGUUUUUUAAUUUGAUGCAGUAAGAGUGCUUCAGUAUUUCAUAUAUACUAAAAGGUAAUACUGAUCACAAAAUUUAAGCCUCCAAUUUCGAUAAUCAUUGUGGGGUUUGUUCUUUAGGGACUGGCUCCUCAUUGCACCUUUCUUGUUGUUGUCCUAUACCAGUGCCAUUCUUAUAUAAAAAAAAAAAUAGAAUAGAAUAAAAGUAAGUAAAGAAUUGAUAGAGAAAGUAUCAAAUAAUUCCUGGAACUUUAUGACCAGUAUUACCUUUUAGUAUUUAUGAAAUGACAAAAUGCUCUUGUUGCAACAAAUUUACAACUUGGUAAGAACAAUGGAAGUUAUGGAGAUGUGAAUGUAAGGCACACAAGCCAGCCACCACUUAACUUAGAUUCCCUGGGUCUCCUUUGGCUUGCUUGGUCAGGUCAGGUUCCCAUGAACAGACAACAGACACGUCCCUGUCACUCCCUGCACUGCCCAAGACGUCCAGCAACAGGAGAGGACAUAAAACCCCAAAAAAUGACAAGGACAGACAAGCUUAGUUGGUAGGAUCUUAUUUUGUCACUCAGGUUCACACUGUAUCGUCAAACAUUUCAUUCAUAAUGGGACAUCCAAGCGUCCUGUAGUCUGUUCAGUCUACAAAGGUAAAUGUACACCAAGAAUCUGUUCCUCUCUGCUGGCAGGAUUGUCCCCUCUCACCUGACUGGCUGCAGUGAGGCAAGGAAGCUUGUCAGUGAGCUGUACCAAAAAUACGAGACAUUCAGCAAGACCAGUGGUGUCUUUAAUCCUGGAACUCACUGAAUAAUCUGUCGUGUAUAUUUGGUAGACACGGCUCACCAACAUACUUCCUUGCCUGAUCAACACCCAGUCAGGCCAGUGGGGGCAGCACCUGGCCAGCAGAGGCUCCUUGGUGCAGAUUCACCUUCAUAACUUAAACGGCCUGCAAUAAACAAAGUUGUUUCAAGUAUUUCCCUGAUGCAGCCUCAAGGCUUCACAUUUGUAUGAGUACACAGUAAGUGUGCUGACAAGAUUGGGUCAUACAAUCUUAAAAUAAAUUUGGUGAAUGUACACUUGGAUUCAUGAGAUAGUUGAUAGUUGUAAAGAGGCAGUUCCCAUGGGGAAGAAUAACUCAAGUGUUAAUAGGUUGCCUGAGACAGUGCUGGUGAGGCCACACUUUUACCUCAGACAACAAACAAAUCCUGUCAGAAAGGAACUCAAAACCCUCAACAAGUGCAGCUUAUUAAAACUAUUAAAACUAA